AUGGCACUAAGAUAUAUAACUACAGUUACUCAUAAAAUUGAUGAUGAUAAAUGUCGUAAAGCAGAGAAAGGUGAUUCAAUUCAUCAGCACUAUACGCUGCAUCUGGAAGAUGGAACAUUUGUUGAUUCGAGUUUUAGCCGUAAUGCGCCAUUUGUUUUCAAACUUGGCAAUAACGAGGUAAUCGAAGGUAUGGAUCGAGCAAUGACGGGAAUGUGUGAAGGUGAAAGAAGAAAAGUUGUUAUUCCGUGGAAAUUAGGUAAUUUUGGUCAUGUCUCAGCAUUGAUUUGA